AUGAGGAUCCCCUCACUGUUUAGGCCUGCGACGGCUGGCUUGUCGGCCGCCCUCUACCUUUGGUCGCUCUUCGAACCCGCCUACGGUCUCUCGUUUAACUCGGUAUCGGAACCCGAUCUGGAUUUGACGCCCUUGGGAAAAGUCGCUCUUACCGGAGAUUUCGAUGCGGUCUCGAUCUACGCUUACACCGAACAAUCCGUGACGGCCUCUGUGCAAGAAGGGUCCCAAUCCAUCCUCACGCCGCUCCCCAAUGGAAUUAUUACGACGCUGUCGGUGGCGGACGCGGAUAUUCGUGUGAUGUGUCCGUUCACCCUGAAAGAUGGAACGCAGAAGGGAAUUUUCCUGGGCGGCAACUUCACUAGCCUCGGAGACGUCGAGACGCAAGGCGCCGCGUUAUUUGAUCCCGAAACGAAGGUGGUGACGGCCCUACCCGGGCUCUCCGGGUCGGUGUCAGCUUUGUUGUGCGAUCAGGAGUCCGACAGUGUCUACGUUGGUGGGGAUUUCACGUACAAGAAUACGUCACACGCCGUCGCAUGGGUUGACAACAAGGGCUGGUCGAGUCUGUCUUUUGGCGGGUUCAAUGGGCCCGUGUCCUCGAUCCUGAAGGGCGACGAUGGAGACAUCAUCUUUGGUGGCUCGUUCGAUGGCAUUGGGAACUCUACCUCCUCGAAGAAAAACGAGCAAAUUGUCAACCUACAGAAUGCCACCAUCACUUCGGAUGCGACCUCUUCGAAAAGCGGCUUCAGCGACCCUCGAAAUAUUCUCUGUCAAACAAGCGGCAAAGAUGGCGAGGGAAAGACAUGGCUUCUCGCCGACAGAUCCCCCGGCUACUGGCGGGCGAACAUGCGUUUCGGAUACAACCCUACCAAAAUUCGCCUUUACAACACCCAUUAUGAAGGACGCGGUACGAAGUCGUUCUUGUUACGAGCUCUUCCGGAUAACGGGAUUAUGAACCUCACCUAUACCGAGCCUGGUUCCCACGAUAAGAAAUAUUGCGAUUCAGUCUGCCCGCUUUCGAGCAACUCAAGUGAGAAGUAUCGUGAGUUCCAUUUCGUGAACGGCGUUGGAAUGCGCGGCAUUCAGAUCGAGGUCUUGGAAUGGUAUGGCGAUGGUGGUGGUCUCAAUGGGAUCCAAGUCUAUGAGGAUGAUAUCUAUGCUUACGCUGUGAGCGACUUCAACGAACCCUCAUGUGCCGAUAUCAAGUAUCCAUCGAGAUCGUCCCAGAAAGGCUCUUGGACCCACACAGAAUCCGAUCAGAGCCAGUCCGAUUAUUUAACCGCGAAGGUUACCGACUCUUCAGCUGACAGCACCUCCGUCGUAUUCCAGCCCGACAUCAAACGGUCGGGUAACUACUCGAUUGUUAUUUACACCCCCGGGUGCAUUCAGGACGGGACGUGCGACUCCCGUGGUAUCGUCAAUGUCACCGCUACUGUCUCAACCCGCUCGAAGAAUGACAAGCCAAUUGAAAAACUCAUCUAUCAGAACAAUUACUACGAGAAGUACGACACACUUUACACUGGCCGCGUGGAUGCCAGCGACAGCUCGUUCCGCCCCAGUGUAACUUUGACGCCGAAGUCUGGUCAGGGAGAUCUCACCAUUGUUGCAUCCCGAGUCAAAUUCAACCUGAUUCAUGCCUCUGGUGGUCUGAGCGGAGAAUUGAAUGGACUUUAUGACUUUGAUCCUGAGUCAAAGGACACCAACUCCAACUUCACCGACUCCGCUGUCAAUCGAGCGGGCCUGAGCUUGGACGAGGACGCCUCGAUCAAGAGCUUGGUUAGCCAUGACAACACUGUCUACGUCGGUGGAAACUUCUCCAGCUCUGACGUCGACAACGUAAUGUUUUUUGAGAAGAACAAGAAUGCCACGUCACUGCCACAGGGCGGCUUGAAUUCGGAGGUAACUUCGAUGACGUCCCUCGACAACAUUCUCUAUGUUGGAGGAAACUUCACCGAUACGUCGGAUGGCGGCAACGAGCAUCUCAAGCAUGUUGCAGCUUACACCUUUGGCUCCAAGUCUUGGUCAGCUCUAGGGGGCGGUGUCAACGGCCCAGUCUCGCAGGUUCUUGCCCUUACCCUGAACGUCUCUUCCGAAAUCAACGAGACUAUCAUUGGCGUUAGCGGAGAUUUCGAUCAAUUGCUUGCCUUCGACAAGACCCCGUCGACAAACGUAUCUGGCUUUGCUGUGUGGGUGCCCUCGCGAAAGAACUGGCUGCAAAACCUUGAUGACAACCAAAUGGAAUUUGCCGGUCAACUGUCGGCUUUCGCAAGGGUGGAUAACACGAGUCUUCUUGCUGGUAACCUUGCCUCGGCGGGCAUUGCUGCCGCAGGUGCCGUGUCUCUACUUUAUGAUGGUGGCCUAGAUUUGGAUCCUCUGCUUUCCAGUACCAACUCUAGUGGCAGCACUCAUACUGGUAUUUACGACUCCAGCUCCGACCGUAACCUCACAAUUCUGGGAGGUCAUUUCACGACAAUGUCCAACAAUGGAUCUGAAGUCCAGAAUAUCGCCAUCCUCGAUGGCACUAAGGGUACUAUCUCAGGUCUCGGAGCAGGCAUUGAUCGCAACUCCACUGUGUUGGCGCUUGCCGUUUCCGAAGAUUGGCUGUACGCCGGUGGAAACGUGACCGGGACUGUUAGAGAUUCGGUCUUGAACGGGCUUGUCGUGUAUGACCUCGAAAACGGAACUUAUGCGCAAAAACAACCACUGCAGUUCACCGGAGAGGAUGUUACCGUCAAUGCUAUCGCUCCACGUCCGGGAUCGAGCGAGGUUUACGUCGGAGGUAACUUUGUCAAUGCUGGUGCUCUUCCUUGCGCGGCCGUGUGUAUGUACGACCCAUCUGAGUCUCAGUGGAACAGACUCGGAGCAAGCCUUGGUGGUAGCGCUAUAGCCCUCACAUGGAUGAACAACCACAAGUUGAUGGCCGUCGGAGAUUUGAUUGUCGAUGGCAAUAGUUCAGCUGUGGCCACAUACAACCAGAAAAAGGCAGAAUGGUCCGCUUUUGAAGGGGCCUCUUCUUCGGAUAUCUCAGGAACGGUAACCGCCUUCUCUCCAGCCAGCAAAGACGUGUCCACCUUUUGGCUGGCAGGUCAAUCCAAAAACGGGUCCAGCUUCCUGGCCAACUAUGACGGAUCUGAGUUUCAAUUUACUGCCGACAUCUUUGACCAAGGAACUUCUAUUCAGGGUCUCGAGGUCAUCCCCUUGACACAAAAGCAUGACAGCGUCAAUCUGUUGAACAAGGAUCUAAUUCUCCUGAUUACUGGACAACUGAUGAUCCCGAACUUUGGCAAUGCGUCGGCAGCGCUUUUCAACGGAACUGUCUUGACUCCGUUCAUCCUUACAACCGGGUCUGAUGGCCGACCGGGCAGCAUGUCCAAGAUUUUCUACGAAAAGACCAAUCCAUAUACUAGUGAAGGAAAACACCGUCCGAACGGCAUUGUUGUUUUGAUAUCGUUCUGCCUUGCGCUUGGCUGCGUUUUCCUCAUCGUCAUUGCCGGAGUCAUCUUCAAUAAGAUCCAGCGCCGCCGUCAAGGCUACAUGCAGGCCCCGCAAACGGUCGGCACCGAUCGACCAUCGAACAUGACACGGCUGCCUCCCGAGUACCUCUUCAAUACGUUGCAACAACGCAACCCAGGCACGCCAGCAAUCUAA